GGACAUCAUACAACUUCCACUCCAUUUUCAUCUCGAAUCGACUCGAACAUUCACACUUGGUACUUUUACUUGCUCACGCACUUCCCAGUUCUGCGACUUUCUGUGCUUGACCACGACUCAAGCACGUUACUCGUGACUCAACCGGCGCUUUUGGUCGACGACUCGACUAGGACUUGCUCAACCUGCCAUUACCCUGCUCGCCCUCCUCACUGGUGGACCUCCAGUCCCAUAUCCUAUCACGAGUACCCCAAGUGUUUAUCAAAAAAGGGCUUGGUCAUAGAUACUUGUCAAUCAUAGCGGGAGAAAAAGAAAGAAGAAAAAAGGUCCUUUGCCCGCCUGCCUUUCGCACAAUUGGAUCGAUUGAGAAUUAUUAAAUGCCUUCAGCCAUUCAUGCAGCGCCCCAGGACUUUUUGUCGUCGGAAUAUCGACGUCAGUCCCAACUUUCUCAGAUCGCGAAGGCGGCGGUUUUUAACAAUUGUACCGCAAUGAAUCCACCCCCAAAACCUUCGUCUCAACCCCUCACUUCAUUUCCUGGCAACACCAUCCUCGAACGCGAUUUUGCCGUUUGCAACCCACAACUCGAUAACCACAUCACGCUUCCGCCAUCUGUUAUACCUCCAGUCUUCAAUAGAAGUUUUCACGAGAAAUUCGGUAUGACUAGCGAUGGAGUCACCGAGGGAGUUGGCCAUCCUCUCUCCGACACACCUCUCCCAAGCGGCCCUUCAACUGCCCAAAGCAGUCCAAGAAUUCUCCCACUAAGACAGAAUUCUGGCACUACAACCCCCCGAGUUCGAGCUCCUGCUACUACCCUCAACAUUCCUGGCAUGACAAGAUCUCGCGUUUCUCCUGAUGGUAAAAUUGCACAACGAGAUGUCGCUUCAAAACUGGUGGUUAUUAUGGUAGGACUGCCUGCUCGUGGAAAAUCAUAUAUUACGAAGAAGAUCCAAAGAUAUUUGUCAUGGCAGCAACAUGAGACUCGGAUUUUCAACGUUGGAAACCGACGUCGUGUCGCAGCUGGAAAACCGCGGCCGUCGAAUGGCACACCACUGAAGAACCAGGAAUCGGCCCAUCGACCAUCUGUUCAAAGUCAACCAAUCCGCACUGGUUCCAAUUCUGGCAUCAUAGAUGCUCCUACACAGGCCGCUCACAUGAUUUUGAACGGCGUGGAUCCGACUCAAGAAACUAAAGGUUCUGCGACAAAGAAAACUUCCACUGAAUCGCAAAACCCAGAAACUAUGGAUCAAUCAGCCAAUUUUUUCGAUCCAUUGAAUUCCAAGGCCGCUUUGAUCAGAGAGCAGGUAGCCAUGGCUACCUUAGAUGAACUUUUGGAUUUUCUCUUACUGGGAAAUGGCGCUGUUGGUAUCUUGGAUGCUACAAACAGCACUAUUGAGCGUCGCAAACUUCUCUUUGAUCACGUCAAGUUCAGAGAGCCAAAGCUCGGUAUCCUCUUUAUCGAGAGUGUUUGCGAGGAUGAGAGUCUGCUCGAGGCAAACAUGCGAUUGAAGCUCCGAGGCCCCGAUUACAAAGACAAAGAUCCAGAAUCGUCCUUGAGGGACUUCAAAUUACGAGUUGCUGCUUAUGAAAGCGCAUACGUUCCCUUGGGCAAGUACGAAGAAGAUAAUCAUAUGCAGUAUAUCAAGAUGAUAGAUGUCGGACGAAAGGUUGUCCACUAUCAACUAAAGGGCUUCUUGACAGGAGGCAUAGCUUCAUAUUUGUCGACAUUCAACCUUUCCCCAAGACAAAUCUGGAUCACACGACAUGGAAAAUCCAACGAUAACAAAGUAGGCAAGCUUGGUGGUGACUCUGAUCUUACGGAGGAAGGACAACAAUAUGCUCGAGUUCUUCAUAGCUUCAUCACAAACAGUCGAAGACAGUGGCUUUUUGAGCAGCAGCAAUCGGCUAUUGAAAGUGCAAAGUAUCCUCCAGGAGGCGAAGCUGUCAGAACACCGCCUUAUCCAGACAUCAUGGGCGAACUGGACGAAAAGAACUUUUGUGUGUGGACUUCGAUGCUUCAGAGAAGUAUUCAAACGGCAGAGCAUUUUGAGAUGGACGAAGAUUAUGAUGUUAAGAAUUGGGAAAUGUUGAAUGAAUUGAAUGCAGGUUCUUUCGAAGGAUUGACCUACAAGGAAAUCGAAUCACGCUUUCCGGACGAGUACGGGAAGCGAGCAAAGGACAAAUUACACUACAUAUAUCCUGGAGUUGGAGGUGAAGGUUAUUUGCAAGUCAUUAGUCGACUUAGGGAUAUGGUCCGAGAACUCGAACGUAUCACCGAUCAUGUCCUUAUCAUCGGACACCGAUCUGUUGCCCGAGUUCUGAUGGCCUACUUCAUGGAUCUCACCAGAGAUGAUAUUGCAGACUUGGAUGUACCUUUGGGAAUGCUCUACGCCAUUGAACCAAAACCCUACGGCAUUGAAUUCCAUGCAUACAGAUACAAUGAACAACAACAAUGGUUUGACGAAUUGCCAAACUACAAACCAAGAAAAGAGACAGAGAAAGGCAAUUAAAAUUUGAUUGUCUAUAUGGAUUGCGAAGAGGACAGCUAGAAUACGAGCGGGGAUGUAACAUAUGAGGGGUUCCGGAGUUCUUGCCAUUUGGGUUGAGUUUGCGUUGCACUGCAUAGCGAGGUUUUGUCACAGAUUGGGAGUUUGGGGUUUGAUUUUUGGGGAAUUGACGAUUUGUAACAACAGUUAGGAGAUUGGAACUGAUACCAGGGAUUCAGAAAUGCGGAAGUAAAUGUGGUCGAGGCGUGUACAAGAAUGGGAAUAUAUUUCUGGGGUCGGCAGAGGCCCCUUUCUACUCUUUAUGAUGGAUGAAUUGCUUCAGCUUUUACUACACUUUCGCGGAUAUCCAAAAGAUCGGCUUUGGUCUUGCGCUUUGAGAGGGAAUCUACAAUAGAUGGAAGGCCAGACUACUUUUGUACAGCAAGACUGAAAUAGAGAACUAGAGAUUUCUGCGAAGCGAGUAAAAUAGAAAAAUGAUAACAAAAACGAAAACGAAAAUGGUGUUUUAAAGUGUUCA